AUGGAAAGCCCUCAUGUUAUGCUUAUACCAUAUCCGGCACAGGGCCAUGUUAUUCCUCUUAUGGAAUUUGCACUCCAUUUAGUAAACUACGGCUGCAAGGUUACAUUCGUCAACACUGAGUUCAUUCAUGAACGAGUUAUCAAAGCAUUACCGGAGACGGACAAUAUACAAGAAAUCAUACAAAUGGUUUCAAUCCCAGAUGGAUUAGAAUCAUCUGACGACAGAAAAAGUGAUAGAAUCACCUGUUUGAUUGCCGAUGCCACCGUGGGAUGGGCUCUGGAAGUUGCAGAGAAAGUGGGUAUCAAGAAAGUAGCUUUCUGGCCGGCAGCAGCCACUCAAUUUGCUCUGGUGUUUAAAAUUCCAAACCUUAUUGAUGAUGGAAUUAUAGACAGUGAUGGAAUACCAAUGCAAAACCAGAUAAUUCAGUUUUCACCAGCUACGCCUGCCAUAAACACUGCGGAACUCAGUUGGAACUGCAUUAGCGAUGAACUUACAGCAAAAAUCGUCUUCAAACUAAUGGUACAAAUUUUAAAGCCAGCGAAAUCAGCAGAUAAGCUGAUUUGCAAUUCAUCUAACUGGUUGGAGUCUGGGACAUUUGCCUCAUUUCCAGACUUUAUUCCCAUAGGCCCUCUUCUGGCAAGUAAUCGGCUUGGAAAAUCAUCAGGAAACUUCUGGAAAGAAGACUCAGGUUGUCUGGCGUGGCUUGAUCAACAACCACCUAAUUCUGUCAUUUAUGUUGCAUUUGGGAGUUUCACAAUAUUUGAUCAGAAUCAAUUCCAGGAACUGGCUAUUGGCCUUGAACUCACCAAUAGGCCAUUCUUGUGGGUUGUGCGGGAAAAAAUGAUUGAAGACAUCAACAACGCAUAUCCCACGGGUUUCAACGAAAGAGUGCAUCAUCGGGGGCGGAUGGUCAGUUGGGCACCACAGCAAAAAGUACUGUCUCAUCCCUCUGUUGCCUGUUUCAUCAGCCAUUGUGGUUGGAAUUCUACAAUUGAAGGCAUAAGCAAUGGAAUCCCUUUUUUGUGCUGGCCCUAUUUCACGGAUCAGAUUUUUAAUCAGAACUACAUUUGUGAUUAUUUGAAGAUAGGAUUGGGAUUCAACAAAGAUGACAGCGGAAUCAUCGGACGCGAAGAAAUUAAGAACAAAUUGGAACAACUUUUGAGUGAUGAAAGAUUUAAAGAAAGGGUAUUGGAUCUUCAAACAAAGAUUCAAAAUACUGUUAGAGAAGGAGGGAGCUCUUACGAGAAUUUCAAUAAUUUAGUAGCAUGGUUUAAGGAUUAA